UGGUGUGGACCACACUCAACAUGGACCAGAGGAAGUGAAGGAAAGGGUUGUCUCAGGAGAUCAGCAAAAAAAUUAUAGACAAGCAUGUUAAAGUUCAGGUCUCGGAUCAUCUCUCACAUACUUCUGGGGUGAAGCGAGGAUACCCGAGUCGUCAGUGUGCUGCCUUCAGGAGACAUUCACACAGAGGAGUGUCGGCAGGAAUGCUCGCUCCCAGGCUGCAAAUAUUUGCGCCUGUUUACUGAGACUUUACAGCACAUUUGUUCCUCCGCUCUGAAAGACCUGAGCGCCUCUCAUCUCCUCCACAGAAACAAACGUAGGAAGUAUGCUUCUCUUUUCAUAUCCAGGGCAAAGACUUGCUUUAAUGUUUUUGCAGGAGGCCUAAAGCCAGCAUACCGUUUGGGAUGACUUCCAGUUCGACUUCUGUCCAGACUGCCAAAUUUGCAUGACAUCAUUCCGAAGGGUGCUGAAAACAUACCCACGAGGCCCUGCAGGAGAACCGGGGACCAAGGGAGUAAGAGUUCAGGGGUUGCAGUGCUUGUAGGCCGCAGGCCAAGGAAGCCACACCCUUCACAGUCAAGUUUGCUGGCGGCACAAUGAAUCCUGAGCUUGUCGGGCGUACAGGCUAUUCAGAUGCAUCAGAUGUUUUCGGGGUUGUAUGGGCCGCAUUUGUCGGCUACAUGAGAAGGAGCCCACAAAAUGGGACAGCCUACGGUGCGAUGCAGUGAUAUUUUUAAAGCCUUCUUGAGGACAUCAUUUAUCACCAUCACUAUGCAGUUUGGAUGGUACACUUUCUGAUCAUCAGGAUACAGUAGCAGUUUAUUUUCAGGUUGAAAAGGAGGACAGAAGGAGUAAUCCAUCAACAAAAUGAAAAGAAAAGAGAAAACCUCGGAGACUUGCAGUGACGCAGGUGGACGCCAGGUGGACUCUAGGACCCUGAGGAGGACCUCCGCAUGAAGAGAAAAGUCGUCCUCUGAGCAGAUCCUGGUUUAUUUCUGCCUCUGGGUUGGAGCUGUGCGGGGUUACAGAGCUCUGCUCAUUCACUCCACACCUGUCCUUUUACUCACACAAACUGAGAAAACAGGACUCCCACUCCAGAGAGAGAGAGAGAGAGACCCCCAGAGAUUAGAGGAGGUAAAACAAACCUGCCAGCAGCUGAUAUCAUGAGGGAAACCUGGAGAAAUGAUCCUGACUGGGAUGUAAACACAGACUAACCUGCAACCAGGAGUGUUUUCCAUGAUGUCGCCGUGUGUUGUCUCCCUCGUCACUCACCUGCUACUGCUCCUCCAUCACUUCCCGCCACUCUCCCUGUCCCUCCUCCUCCACCCGCCGCCCGCCCACGUGCCGACGCUGGUCCCCCACGCCCCGACGCCCCUCGGCCGCUCCAGCUUCAGCGCCCAGGCUCAGCUGGACUUCACGACUCGCUGCAACUCCAGCUGCUUCCACCGGGGGGAGCGGGAGGAGCAGCUCACCGACAAGCUGGCCUUCGAGACGCUCUACGCCGACGGCUUCCGCACUCUCACCACCGUGGAGGUGGAGGGUGAUGAUGAGGAGGAGGAUGACGGAGGUGGCGACGUGGAUCACUUGCCUCGCCCGUUACCCUGGAGGCGGAAGCCGAGGCGAGCGAAGCGGCAGAUCUACGGAGCGGACGGGCGCUUCAACAUCAAAGGUGACAACUUCCUGUUGGAUUACCCGUUCUCCACAGCCGUGCGCAUCUCCACAGGCUGCACCGGCGUCCUCGUGUCCCGGCAGCACGUCCUCACCGCUGCCCACUGUGUGCACGACGGGAAGGAUUACGUGCACGGAGCACGGAAGCUCCGGGUAGGCUUCCUGAUCCCCCCGUCCAUCAAUGGCACCAAAUCCGGCCUGGUUUCUAACAAGAAGCCUCUGGUCCGUUGGGUGCGUGUGAAACGUACCCGUGUACCAAAGGGCUGGAUCCAGGGCCCUCAGGAGGUGGGCAUGGACUUUGACUACGCCCUGCUGGAGCUGCGCUGGCCCCACCGCCGGCCCUUCAUGCGCCUCUCGGUGGCGCCCUCCUCAGACGACCUGGCGGGGAAUCGCAUCCAUUUCUCCGGGUUUGACAGCGACCGGCCCGGGGAGCUGGUGUACCGGUUCUGUCCCGUGGAGCAGGAGUCCAGCGACCUGAUCUACCAGCACUGUGACGCCCGGCCCGGGGCCAGUGGCUCCGGGGUCUAUGGACGAGUGUGGGACAAUGAUCUGGAGCGCUGGGAAAGGAAGGUUAUCGGGAUUUUCUCGGGCCACCAGUGGCUGGAAAUCGACGGGGAGAACAGGGAUUACAACGUGGCCGUGCGCAUCACGCCACUGAAGUUCGCUCAGAUCUGUUACUGGGUCCACGGAAACCGGCUGGAUUGCACUCAGGACUAAGAUGGAUCGUUAGCCGAAAGAAACACUAGAGCUAGGGGUGUAACGGGACCUCGUGCCGCAGGAUUUCCUGUUGAGUUGAAAACACAAAAUACCCCCCCACCCUGCUUAUAAAUCUGUUGAAAUUAGGAUAGAAGGUUUAAACAUGUCAGACACAAGGACUCCGGGGCAGGCUGCUUCUUUCUUUUUCCUCUACAGCUACGUGCUGAAAGGAAGAGCUGUCCCUGUUGCUCAUUUAUUUAAAACAGAACUGACUUAAUGCUCGGUUCAGGUGCUGAUUUAUCAACUUUGAGGCUGAGAUAAUUAAGUUUGACCAUUUUGUUCAUCCAUCUGAGUUUGGACUAAAAGAGUUGAUUAAACUUUGAGGUGGAGUUCAAAACAAGUUUGACUGAACUGUUUCCUGAGAGUCUCCCCUCCGCCUCCACCUGUGUUCAUCAGUGUGAGCAACUUUUUAGCAGUUUGUUUUUAAGCUUUUUUGUUGUGAUAAAAUGUCUCCGUUGGAAAUCAGCUAAACAUAUUAAAAAAGGGAGAUAAGAAAUUCUUGCUGAUACUUUUUUAUAUAUUGGAAAAAAAAGUUUCUUGCUUCAUGUGAGAACAAAUUGGACCCUCAGUAAAUCGAUGUUCUGAGGUCUGAAGAGACUCGUGAGAAAUCCAACAUGAGAGAGGUCAGUUAAUUUGAGUUUGUGGCCAAAGCUUUUUUGUCCCUCUUAAAACCAUUGUUAAAACCUAGCUUUCAUCUUGUGACACGAGUGUCUCGUUACACCUCUGAGAGCAAAGAGUGACUUGGAACAAUACAGGGUAAAACAGGCGUAUUUCUAUGCAGAACUUUUACCACUAAAACAUAUUUUAGAUCCAUUUAGUGCCUGUUUAAAACGGUCUGCCUGCAUGAGAUCCAUCACCACUGCAUCAUUUGUCAUUGUUUACAAAAUAACUGAAAAUCACAUUUUUACUCAAGUCAGCAGCAGAUUACGGUCCUCCACUGUGGAUAAAAGUAAUGAGGCUUUGGUAAGCCAAGGUGUUGGGGAAACCACCUUUUAUCCACAUUAUUCAUUCCUGUCUCAAUAAAACUAAACAUAAAACUGCUUUUGAACAUUUCAGAGAAUAUACUCUUGCAGUAGACUGAUGACAGAAAAAAAUUAUAUUUUUUGGAAAAAUGCUUGAUAUAUUUUAAUAAAGAGAUUUAAGCAUC